UGAAACAUUCCGCUACCUGCAUUUAGCCCGCGCCUCAUCAGCUCGUGACCUCCAUUCUACGCCAAGCACUGCCUGGUUGUUCUACAGAGCCUUCUUUUUUUCCCCAUUUACUGCCACGUUUAACUUGAUCAAAUUAUUACUUAUGCAUCCCUCUAUCAAAGAACAACACAAUGGAAUUAACCUCUUUGCCUGCAGAAAUUCUGUACCAUAUUCUUCUGCACGUGGCUGCGGAUGACUUCGAAAAUGCUAUACUAUCCUGCCAGUCUCUCCACAGCGUCGCAUCCAUCUUGAUUGAAAGGCAUAACCACCGUCGUCGGAAGUAUAACACCAUUAGGGGUAGAACAGACGACGAGGACGAUGUCGACACUUGAGGCCGGAGCUUCCCACAGAUACUAUACCAAAUUGCACAGGAACCAGACUUAACCUACUAUGUUGAUUUUGCCGACUUGGUUAGUCUCAAGCGACCCCGGAGUAUGGCAGACCUACCUGACGACUUUCAAAUCAAACCGGGCCAAACUUCAUCUAAAGCUGAGAGAGCCAUCCAAUCUCUACUAAGAUCUUCCGACUAUCUAUCGCAGCUCAACCCGAGUCCCGACUUUGCUGACCAGUAGCUAUCCCGAAUAUUAGACUACAGUGCGGAUGAUGAUGCACGAACGAGUGAUUACAGCGUAGUGUUUCUCCUGACGUUGCUUCCUAGCCUGAAUGCACUGUCUCUUGGAAGUUGUUGGGGUAGCAAUGACUCUAUCGAGAUGGUGCUGGCACGAGAUGGGCCACAUUCUCCCACAGACGACGUGGCCAAGAGCGUACCAGAUCUUUUAGAACUGAUUGUGCGGCGUGCGAAUGACGCCACACUACCCAGACAGUCUCUUUAAAAACUAAAAGCCCUCUUUCCCGUUCGAGAUAUUGACCGUCAAAACACUCAUGAUAUGGUCCUGAUGAUGCCGUUCCUUGCCCUCAACUCGUUGCAAGAGUUCCAUCACAACUUUGGAUACGCGGAGGUCAAAAUCGGGCUUCUUGAAGAUUCGUGUUGCUCAAAGCACACCCAGGACAGUCAUGAAAUUGAUGCAGAUGGAGACCAAACUAGUACUGAUGCCGAAAGUGACAACGAGGCUGAACAUGACUACAUUGAUGACUACAUAGAUGCGGAUGACGAUGAGGAAGAUGACGAGGAUGACGACAGUAGUGACUGUAGCUAUGACAGCCAUGAGCCACGCAGAGAGAGAGAAGAAGCAGACUAUCACAGCUACGACGGGUGCUUUAUGCAUCCAAGGUAUCCUGUCCUCGGCAAAAAUGUGGAAAUCAUUAUUAUGCACAACAUGGAACUGUUCCAGGAUUCAUCCUACGUCAUGUUCAGAGACAUGCACAAACUAGAGAACCUUCAAAUAAGAUAUGCUGAUGGAGAUGAUCAUGACAUGCAGUGGGACAUCGCAGGGUGCAUCACCGGUAUCAUGUGCUCCGUUGGCGCGAAUCUGGAGGACCUCGUUCUCGAGGUGGCCGAGGCGUAUGAGUUCGUUAGCCGCAUUCGGCUGAGUCUGCAUGAUUUCAAAGUGCUUAAGCGAUUGUGGCUUACCACAGUCUUCUUUGUCAAUGGAGCCGCUGCAACGGCUGACUACCGCGACGAAGAUGCUGAAGAAGACGACAAGUUUGCAAAUGGGCCUAUAGAGCCUCUAGUUUAUGUUUUGCCCCCCAGCCUCGAGCAUUUUAUAUUGACUGUGUCGUCUGACCAUGGCAAGCACUUGCCCCUUCUAUUUGAGGGGUUCGGUGAGCAAAGACAAGAGCAUUUACCUCAUCUCCGUAAGGUGACGCUACAUAUUCAACCCACCGACUAUUGGGGGGUUCCAUACGGUGGUGAUGAAGACGAGAUUAUCAGAUUUGCGAAAGAGUAUGGCUUUGAUCUGGAAUAA